UUUCAUGUUUAAUUACAAAUGGCCACAACUUCCAAAUAGAAGGCUCCCUAAUCCUUCCCUCAUUUUCAUAAUGCCUCAUCUCUUCAUACAAAUGGGACACCCAUCACAGUCUCUUUAAACCACCACAGAAACGGACGUGUCUCAAUACAGCUGGAAAUUAGCCCAUGAAAAAGUGCACCCAACAGGACUUCUGGUGCUUAUACAGAGUGGUGACUGAAGCCAAGGCAAUUUAGACUCACCAGGAAUGUAAACAGUGGGGGGAAUGAUACCAUCACAACUGAGGUGAAUUUCACUUGAUUCAUUUAUUUCAUUUGCAUAAACUUUGUGCUUCAGAUCAGGAAACAAUGAGCUGGUUUAUUCAAAUUUUGGAAAACUGGAUUAGUGUUACUUAUUUGGAAGAAUUCCUGAACUAUGUGGUUCACCCUCGAUGGUUAUUCCUGCUUCCGAUUUUGAUUUAUUCAUUAUGGUUAUAUUUAUAUUUUGUUGGCUGUGCUAUCUCAUUUUUGCUCUUUGCUUACAAGAAGAUGAAUAACCACCAAGAAACUGAUUUUUAUAGCAAAUUUUGGGACAAGGCAAGGCAAUUUGUGGCUCUACUUGUUGAGCUACUUGGAAAGAUAUGGCAUGGUCAUGAAAUUGUUGGCAUGGAACAUCUCCCUAAAGGACCAGGGAUUGUUAUUCUUCAUCACCCAAUUAUUGUUGCCGGGUAUGCCUUUUUUGUGGCAAAAUUUUAUAAAGAGACAGGGAGACUGUUCCAUACAGUAAUUCAUCAUGCCCUGUAUAGGGUUCCAGGGCUGAAUAUGUUUUGGGAUGUGAUCUUUUUGAGAGAUUUCAAGAAAGCUGAAUGUGUGGAAAUUCUGAAGAAAGGCCAUUUAUUGGGCAUUACACCUGGUGGAGCUUUAGAAGCAAACUUUAGCAAUGACUACACCUUAAUGUGGAAUAACCGCACAGGUUUCGCUCGGCUCGCUUUGGAGGCGAAAGUGCCCAUCAUCCCAAUAUUUACACAAAACAGUUGUGAAGCAUACAGGACCUUUGGAAAGACAAGGCUGACAAAAUGGCUGCAAAAGAAAUUUCCAGGUUUUCUCCUUCCCAUAUAUGGAGGGUUUCCAGUGAAAUUGAGGACAUAUAUUGGAGAACCAAUCCCAUAUGAUCCAAAUAUUUCUGCGACAGAGCUGGCUGAAAAAGCCAAGACUGCACUUGAAAAUCUUCGGGAUAGGCACCAAAAACUGCCAGGAAAUACAUUAAGAGCUCUUUUAGAACGAUUUGAUAAGCAAUACAAAACUAACAAGUCUAUGUAAAACUGUUGCAGCAUUUUUGACUAUGUGUCCACAACAAAAACUAAUAAUUGUGCAAUUAAAACUAAGGUAAUGUACAUAGAAU